AGAUAACUUUUAGGCUGAACAAAUAAUAUUAUUAAGAUUUAAACUUCAUAGCUUGGUAAAAUCAUGCAAUGGUUUCAAAAAGGACGAUUUGUGUGCUUCAUAUUGCAAGUAUGUGCUGUAUUUAGUGCCGAAGGAUAUUCUGUCAACAAGGUCAUCGGGGAACGUUUUGCUGGACCGGUCACAAUGGUUGUCACAAUUGUCGGUCAACAACAGUGUGUAAAGGAAUGUCUGGCAAGACCAAAGCUGUGUAAGGGAGUCAAUUACCUGAAGAAGCACCUGCUGUGUGAGGUCGUGUCUUCUAUAGAGGAGUCAGAGCCAUCAUCGGACUAUACACGAAUCAGCGUUGACCAUAUAUCGAUGGACGAGGUAAACAAUUGUCAUGUUUGUACUACAAAUCAAAAAUGUGUGCAGCUAAGCAGCAAUAGUUCACACUGCGUUAAAGAUGAUACUGACAUGAAUGACUGUGGAGCUUAUCACAAUUCAACACCAUUUCUACCAAGUGUGCUAUACAGAAUAAAACUUCCCGUUGUUGGUCACGUGACAGCUUUGUGUGAGAUGGACAUUGAUGGAGGAGGCUGGACUGUUUUCCAACGUCGCCUAAAUGGCACAGAAGAUUUUUAUCGAACAUGGGUAGAGUACAAGAAUGGAUUUGGAAAUUUAACAGCUGAAUUUUGGUUUGGCAACGAGAAACUCUACCAUCUUCUGAGUCAGGGAUCCUAUGAACUACGGAUGGACAUGAGUGAUUUCACAGACCAGACCCGCUAUGUCAAGUAUACCCAUGUAGGUCUUACGGAUGAAAUAACCAAGUACACCAUCAGCCUUUCCAACUAUUCUGGGAAUGUUGAGGAUUGUUUCACCAGGGCAUCAGGCAUUAACAACAUGAAGUUCACAACCAGAGAUCAAGACAACGACCCGUAUUUGACUGCAAACUGUGCCAAUCUGUACCCAUCCGGCUGGUGGCACAACCAAUGUCAUUGCGCAAAUCCGAACGGAUUAUAUCUUGAUGGACAAACGAGUCAGUUUGGGAAAGGAAUCACGUACAAUCCUUGGCUGACUCAGUAUUAUUCAUUGAAAACCAUUAGCUUAAUGGUUAGGAGAGUGUAAGCACACUCAGAAGUAUAAAGUUAGCGAUCAAUGUUUCAUCAAUUAGACGUUCUCUAACACUGUAGAAUUGAUUUUAGAGAUACGAUACUGUCUCUAGAUCGUACGAUAGACUGGCAAUGCCUGUCAGAUGACGAUAUGGUACGAAACUGUCAGUCUACGCGACAUGGAAUAACAAACCUGCUUUCUUAGGAUUUUCGUAAUUAGCUUAGGUUUGGAACAUAAUUAGGCCUUUCAAGUUUGCAAUUUGUAUUUUCCUUUCCAUAAGGAUGACAUAUGCUAAAUUACGUUAAGAUUAACUCAGUAGUUCUUGAGAAGAAGUUUAAAAUGCACCACCUUUUUUGCAGUCUUGAGGUUUUUCUCUGCUCUGAAUACAGUCUGGUCUUUUAUUUUUGCAAUUUUCAUAUAUAUUCACCUUCUAAUAAGGAUGCUUUGUGCCAAAUUCGGUUGAAUCUGGCCAAGUGCUUUUAGAGAAGAAGUUCAAAAUGAGAGAAGUUUUCAGACGGACAGACAGACAGCCGGACGGACAGACAGACGACUGACAACGGGUAAUCAGAAAAACUCACUUAAGCUUACAGCUCAGGUGAGCUAAAAAUAAAAAAAAAAUAAAAAAUCAAAACGGUAUUUUAAUUGCAAACAUUUGAAUCUUUUCUUCCAUUAAAUUGCACAUCCUGUCGAUCCGAUCUUGUCUUUUCUCUUUAAAUUUUUAUUUUUAUUUAAUAUAUAAUUUUAUUAAAUAUAUAGAUUUUUAUGCUGAUUAUUUUUCUCUCUGUAUUUAUUUUGUUCAUAUAAACAAUUCGUUGACGAUACAUUAUUCUUUUCAAAAGUCUCUUUUUCACUGUAAGUGAGAAAAUACAUCGUUAGAAAUAAACCUUAAAUGUUUACAAAUUAAAUAAAUUUAAUGAACAAUGUUAGAUUAAAAACUAUGUUGUUAAUUCAAAGUUUGUAAUCUUUUGGACAGUGCAAAAAAAAAAUCAUCAAUAUUCCUUUUAUUCAUCCAUUUUUUCCUGGGUUUACUUUUGGCGUUUACUUGGGGUUUUCUCUGGGUUUACUUUUUGAAAAUUCGGGUCCAUUCGGGGUUUACUUUGGGUUAACUCGGGGUUUAUUUUGGGUUUACUUGGAAAUUGCUUUUGUGGUCAACUGUACGCACUGAAGUGUGAAGCAAACCCGUCUUUUAUCUUACCAUAAUACUGCCUGUAAUUCCUGCCCCUUGUUAUUCCAAAUACAUAGUUAGCAUUUGCUUUCAAGGGUAUACUUCUGAUCGGGGUUUACUCUCCGUGUCCACUCUGGGUUUACUUUGGGUUUACUCUGGGUUUACUCCGAGGUAAACCCAGAGUAAGCGCAGAAAAAAAACCUAGGGUUUAGUUUGAGUUUACUUUCUGUUAUGUUGGGUCUGAUUGGCACUUACAUUUAAAUAUUUAAGGUUAAAAUAUUAUGUCAUAUUUUACUUACUUUUAAUAGAAUAUACAUAUUUAUCCUUAAGUGAUCUUGAAGUGGAACUAGAAUUCGCCAGCUUUAAUCUACAUUACACUGGCGUCGGAAUCAAAUUGAAAGUGGGGGGGGGGGGGCG